AUGACUUUUCUCAUCUGUCCCCCUUGGCGAAAAGAGCGCCAUUCCUCACCGGAAGUGUCCAACUCUAAUCAAGGCGCACAACCGGGAAGUUUCCAGGCACAGAACCAGGAGCCAGUCCAACCUGAGAAGAAACCAUCGGAAAGCCUCUCGCGCAUACUUCGUCGCCGAUUUUCUCGAGAGUCGAAAACGUCAAACGUGUCCCGAGGUCAUGGGAAAUCCAUAUUUCCUUUUGUACUCAAAACAUCAAAGUCGGUUCCAUCCAGACCAAAACCAGACCUCACAGCGCUGGAGAACUAUGGAAGCAGUCUCAUGAGCGAAAGAGGAUAUGACAGUGAUGCGCAAUACAUUACAACCCCACGACGUGGCGACCAUUUGGGGAGGUCUCCUGGUAGUCGACCUUUUAGACGAAUGGAACUCAGCGAUCUAAUUGAGCAAAGCCAGGAGCGCUCAGAAGCUGAACGGUGGGCUCUAGAAAAUGACCGGGAUGUAUCUCAGUCGCAAGAAUCUGCCUUCGGCAUGCAUUUCAUCCCAACGCCACCGAGCACUCUCCGAGGACCUCCAACCACCUUUCAUACAGCACUUGAUACUGACGAAUCUAAAGUUCAGCCUGUGGGAUCUCUCACAGAUGAUCAACCUCAGACAGAACCGGUCAUGAAUGCGAAUUAUAUGAGUCGUGAUCGAUAUGGCUUGGCGUCAUCAGAAUCGCUUCCUGGACCAUCAACCAAUCUUGUUGUUCCCAAAAUAAGGCAAGAUUCUCAUUCGGCCAGGUCCUUUACCGAUCCUCGUUCGGUACACCUCAGUGAGCUAGGUAUUUCGAACAAGCUGGCCUUCCACUCACAGUCGUCUCAAAUUAUGUCUUGUGGUCCAUCUUUGACUCAAUUGGUACGCCCGAAUAGAGCCGGUCUAUUCACCAACUCUUCCCAGGAAAACAUUCAACUUCGUCAAAAGGGAAGUGCCUCCGCCCUCUCUGUCAAUGAGCAAAUUCACAAACCGACGGGCCUGCGAGAUGUAUCCUCCUGCUACUCACAAGUCAGUCCGUCCUCGGGGAACGUGUCCCUUGGCGACCAGUCGGUUAGAAAUCUCACUCAAAAAGCCCCCAACAAAAGCCCUGGAAUCCAAGAGACAAUGUCUUCUGAGAGUGAAGUGGCCAACAUUCCAGCUCCCAGAAACACCCUCCUAAGCCGCUUCCGAGAACAUUGUGAUCCUGAUUCACCUAUCUCCCCUCAGUCUCAGAGCCUCGCCAUUGGCCAUGUCUCCCCUCGCAAAAUCAGCAUUGGUUGGAUGUCUGGGGGACGUCGUGUUGGAUACGGUUAUAGUCCUGUACCAGCGAAAGGCGCCGAGUCUCCGAAAAAUUAUGAGCAAGUAACACCGCAGUUGAGUCAGAUAAUGGGAUUGAAAGCAGAAUUCGCAAAGAGCAAUGAGGCUCAGGGUUUGUCCCAAAGCCAUGUGCGCCUGGAAGAGGUACGACGAGCAUCAGCUCGGCACUAUACCCCGCCAUCUCCUGACAUUCCUCCAAAAGCCAGCAAUGAGGCUUCUACUGUUCCCAGAUCCGCUAAAUCCGCAACAUCUAACAGAGGAUACACCGUUUCAGUUUCACCACACCUGAGGGCAAUUUUCAAUCGCUCUAGUCAAGAACGAGGUUCAACCACUGGUCUGACUGAGGAGAGUACCAGAGAUCUUUGCGCUCCAGAGUUGACAGCAGCAGUACAGACAGAGUUUUGUCAGAUUCCCCAAAGCUCACACUAUACCAGUCAGGGACAGGGUGGUGACAGCUUCGCUCAUCAAUGGGCUCGCCUAAGUCGAUCCAUGAAUACACAGUCAAGGAGCCCCAAGACAACUCACAAUGCGGUUUUUAAUCAAGAACAAACACCACAGGAUGGUGCGUUCUCUGUGGACCGCUUGGAAGCGAUAGAACCGUCUUAUCUCCAACUGGAUAGUCACAAUGAGCAUGGGAACCAAGCCCAUGAGCCACAGUUUAAUCCCUCUCGAGCGGCACGAUGGGCUCGCAGAUUCUCCAGAUACAGAGAAAGCAGAAAGCCUUCAAAUAAUCGUCAACAGGAAUCUUCAUUCGCGUCAUCGGGUCCGUAUCAAGAUUGUGAUUCCACGAAUGCCAGUCUCAAGCGGGCUAUAUCUACGAAGAGCAACACGACAGAUGAUGCGGAUUGUCUUGAGAUGCCUGGGUCAUUUGAAGGGAGUCGCUGGGCGAGUCGAAUCAGUCGAAUGCUUUGA